AUGAUCUUCACCAUCAGCGAAUCACCAGGCCAUCUGUUGCGCGUGACAAAACCCCGCGAAGACCGGCCCUUAUCACUGGGGACGGAAAUGCAAAGAUUUGACAUCGCGGUGCGAGGGCUCAUCGCGGCGGAAUACGCGGCUCGUGGGCUGUCCGGGGAUAUCAUACCGAAAUCCGUUGGGCAUGAGGUUCUCACUGGAGAUGGGGUUCAUGCUGUUUCCAUGGAGACGAAGUUGGAGGGCGUUGGGUUGCAUCGGGGUGGUUUGACUGGUCUGACUGAGAGGACGGUUGAGGGGCUAGUGGAGAUGAUGAGGGUUAUGAAGGGGGUUGAUCUCGAGGGGCUGGAGGGGAGGCUGAAGGAUUUGGGGGUGGUUGGGUUUGAGGUUCCUUUUAUUCCGUGGCCGGAGAUUCGGGGGAUGAGGGAGAGGGCGGUUGUUGCGUGGAGGAGGCUGGUUAGUAGGGGGCAGAUUCUGGGGGAUGAUUAUGGGGUUAAGGAUGGGGAUGAUUUCGAGGCAUUGGGUGAGAGAAAGACGGCAUUUAUAGGACGCGUGAGGGAUAUGGAUGAUGAGACAUCACGGCGGGUGCUCAUUCAUAAUGAUAUUAAAGGAGAGCAUAUCCUGGUGGGCUCCGAUGGUCGGGUUACUGGCAUACUGGACUGGGCGGAUGCGGGCGUUGGAUAUCCGGCGACUGAUAUCGCGGGCUUGGUGUUGACUGUUGGGCCGCGGUUGGCUAUCAGAAUUGCGCGGGAGGUUGGGUAUGCAGAGGAUGAAAUUCUUCAGGGACUGAUACAGGCUCGGUGUGAGUGUGUUUUGAGGUUGGAUGAUCGAUUGAAUGGGGAUGAUGAGUUGACGCCGAUUGAUCUGUUGAAGGGUCAGCUUGUUUUGUCGAUGGAAGAUUGUGAACUUGUUGAUUGUGUAUGA